AUGGAUACCUUCCUAUUCACCUCUGAGUCUGUCAAUGAAGGCCACCCCGACAAGCUUUGUGACCAAGUCUCGGAUGCCAUCCUAGAUGCCUGCCUUGAGCAAGACCCUGAGAGCAAGGUUGCCUGUGAGACCUGCUCAAAGACUAACAUGGUCAUGGUCUUUGGUGAGAUCACAACCAAGGCAACCGUGGACUACGAGAAAAUUGUUCGGGAUACUUGCAGAGGCAUUGGCUUCACAUCAGCUGAUGUUGGCCUUGAUGCUGACAACUGCAAGGUCCUCGUCAACAUUGAACAGCAGAGUCCUGACAUUGCCCAAGGAGUUCAUGGCCACCUCACUAAGAAGCCUGAGGAAAUUGGAGCUGGUGACCAAGGCCAUAUGUUUGGCUAUGCCACCGAUGAAACACCUGAGUUCAUGCCAUUAACUCACGUCCUCGCCACCAAGCUUGGUGCCAAGCUAACUGAGGUGAGAAGGAACAAAACAUGCCCAUGGUUGAGGCCUGAUGGGAAGACCCAGGUUACUGUUGAGUACAAGAAUGAAGGUGGAGCCAUGGUGCCUAUUCGGGUUCACACAAUUCUUAUCUCAACACAACAUGAUGAGAAUGUCACCAAUGAGCAGAUUGCAGCUGACUUGAAAGAGCAUGUGAUUGGGCCUGUUAUCCCAGCUCAAUAUCUUGAUGACAAGACCAUCUUCCACCUCAACCCUUCUGGUCGGUUUGUUAUUGGUGGACCUCAUGGAGAUGCAGGACUUACUGGUCGUAAGAUUAUCAUUGACACCUAUGGUGGAUGGGGUGCUCAUGGUGGAGGCGCUUUCUCAGGCAAGGAUCCUACCAAGGUGGACAGGAGUGGUGCAUACAUUGUUAGGCAGGCUGCCAAGAGUGUGGUGGCCUCUGGUCUUGCACGGCGCUGUAUUGUGCAGGUCUCUUACGCAAUUGGUGUGCCAGAACCGUUGUCAGUUUUUGUGGACACCUACAAGACUGGCAAAAUUCCAGACAGGGAUAUCUUGGAAUUGAUCAAGGAAAAUUUUGACUUCAGGCCUGGAAUGAUUGCUAUCAACCUUGACUUGACGAGAGGAGGCAAUUCCAGGUACCAGAAGACUGCUGCUUAUGGUCAUUUCGGACGUGAUGACCCAGAUUUCACAUGGGAGACUGUCAAGCUUCUCAAGCCCAAGGCCUAA